AUGGCAUAUACCAAGCUUAGUCCGCUGCUGGUCGUUCUCUUUUCUUCGGAAUAUGUGAACGCUGCUAUGAUACGGGCGCCGACGCCUGCUGUCACGCCUGCGCCCGCUGCUACAGCUGCUCCACUAGCUAUCAGGGAUAUCACUACCAUCGGGUACAUAUCUACGGGCAUGUAUGGCAGUACUACACUAUAUGAAACUAUCACCGCAAAUAACGAGGGCCAUGUGAUCGCAACGAGCGGUAGCCUUUACAAAAUUUGUGCACCAGAGUCACUUUGCGAAUUCUUCUCUUGUGAAAAUGACUAUGCUGUUUUCCCAACCACAAGCAUCUUCUGUGGAGGCGCAAGCAGCACGUGUUCCUACUGGGAAUUGGCAACGGACAUCAAUGACCCUGCACCAUUGACUAACUACUGGUGUGAUGCUAAGACAGAGACGGGUGGAUUGAUCUUGAUGGUCACACCUGAUGAUGACUCCUCAACCUCCCCAAAUACGGGCCGAUCAACGAAUACUCCCCUAUUUUCAUCAUUCACUCCGGUCUCCCGUUCCGCUUCCCCAGGAUCCUCAGAUAUACCGGAAGCUCUCCCACCUUUGGCAGAAGCUAAGGAAACCAAGAAAUCAACUCCAGUUGGCGCCAUCGCUGGUGGAGUGGUCGGUGGCGUCGCUCUCCUAGCCGCUGUCGUCCUAGGCGUCUUCUUCCUCCUCCGUCGCAAGAAGAAGCAGCAGAACACCACCACCACUAACAAUAACACGCAACUACCACCCACCGCACCCCAAGCCCCACCAGCAGGUGUCCAAUACUACCAUGAGCAAAAGCCCGUUCCUCAGCAGCAGGUCCAACAGAUGCCUUCCCCACCUCCUCAACACCAACAACACUACGGUCACUAUGAUCCCAACGCACAACAGGCGCCGCAGUUCUAUGAUCCUAAUGCUCAGUCUGCGUAUGCUGCGCAGCAGCAGGGCGGCUAUGCAAUGCCCGAGAAGACACCAGCUGCGACGAAUCCAGUGCAGGCAAAUCCUUACUAUGCAGAUACUAGUGGACCAGUGAGUCCUGUACAGCAAUAUACACCGUCCAUGCUGCCGGCGGUUCCGGCCAACGUUAAUGAGCUACCGGCUGGGAGGACGUGA